AAGCUCCACACAUGUUUCGCCUAGCUCUCGCCAGAUCCGCGGGUGCUGCCCGGACUGUUUCCCAUGUUAGGGCACCUAUUGUCUCUCCCCGCAUUGCUCUUGGACUGCGUCAUGAAUCCACGAAAGUCUCAGAUGAGCGCAAGAAGGUGCUUCAGGCUCGGGAUGCCCUCCAGGGCGAUUGGGACGCGAAGGAGAUCACGUAUGAGGAGCUCAAGCCCAAGACGCAGCAGCCUAGCCCGGACAAGUACUUGAUCGAUGUUCGGGAACCCGAUGAAGUCUUGCAAGGGUCAAUACCUUCUGCGGUCAACCUGCCGCUUUCCGUCAUUUCCAGCGCGUUCCACCUGCCUGCCGCCGAGUUCAAGGAGAAAUUUGGUUUCGAGAAGCCUCGUCUCGACCAGGAGGUCACGUUCUACUGCCGUAGCGGAAAGCGGUCGACCACGGCGUCAGACGUGGCCAAGCGGAACGGUUACACCAACAUUCUCAACUACAAGGGCUCAUGGCUGGAGUGGACCGCGCGCGAAGGCCAGAAGCCUGCGGCCUGAAUAUACCAGCGCGAUCGACUUGUACUACCCUGUAGACAUGCUAGAUGUUUCAUGGAAUUUUCUU